GAAUUACAGUGUGUGUACUCUCACAUCUACAAUGGCAGAAGUUGCUCCAGCACCCGCCCCUGCGCCGGCUAAAUCCCCGAAGAAGAAGGCACCCAGACCGAAGAAAACUGGUCCCAGCGUUGGUGAACUCGUCGUCAAGGCUAUUUCUGCUUCGAAAGAGAAGAAAGGGAUUUCCCUUGCUGCGCUGAAGAAGGCUUUGGUGGCUGGUGGAUACGAUGUGGAGAAGAACAACACUCGUGUGAAGGUGGCCAUCAAGAGUCUCGUUACCAAGGGAACGCUGGUUCAGACCAAAGGAACUGGCGCCUCCGGCUCCUUCAAGCUGAACAAGAAACAGGCAGAGGAGAAGAAGAAGCCCGUUAAGAAGGUAGCACCCAAAGCCAAGAAGCCAGCAGCGAAGAAACCGGUUGCUGCAAAGAAGCCCAAGAAGGCAGUGGCUAAGAAACCUGCAGCUGCCAAAAAGUCACCGAAGAAAGUGAAGAAACCCGCAGCGCUCAAAAAGGUCACAAAGAGCCCCAAGAAGGCAAAGAAGCCCGUGGCAGCUAAGGCAACCAAGAGCCCUAAAAAGGUUAAGGCAGCCAAACCCAAGGUUGCGAAGCCUAAAACAGUUAAACCGAAGAAGGCAGCUCCCAAGAAGAAGUAAAUCUUCCAAAUGUAUGCUCCUUUCUGAAUCCCAAAGGCUCUUUUUAGAGCCACCCAGCCAUAUCAUUUAAAUGCAUAUUCUAAGGUAUUACUAU